AUGGCUGUUCACAAUCUCCAAAACGACUCUGAAUCUGAGCUUCUGUCGGAAAUUGAAGGCAUCCUCAAUCGGUCACGAGCAGAAUGGCUGGACUAUGGUGACGUAGCUGAAGUCAUUGCUCUUGCAAACCAUCUAAUCGCUUCCACAGAGAUGGUGGAAAACUUUGUGGAAGGGCUGUUUCUUUACCCUGUUGAGGAUCCAACGGAUGCUUAUGAUUGGGACUUUGUUGAGGAUAGAGUUACUGCACAAGCACCACCUUUAUGCACAAGCAUCACUACUUUCGUCUUCAUCAGUGCUACUGUUAAGGACUGUGACACUGUUUCCAGAAUCCUCAGAUGA